CUGGCCCCGGAACUGCGGACUACAGCUCCCAGGCCUUCUCUAAGCUCCUACCACACAGGCUCACAGCCACAAACCAGUAGGAGGUGGCUGUAUUGUAUCUAUUGUAUGCCUUGGCUGGUGCAUUUUUUUCUUUUUUUUAUAAUUCUCUGGACGUGAAAUUGAGAGUGAAAAGCAUGGCAGAUGAACAAGAAAUCAUGUGCAAAUUGGAAAGCAUUAAAGAGAUCAGGAAUAAGACUCUGCAGAUGGAAAAGAUCAAGGCCCGCUUGAAGGCUGAGUUUGAGGCUUUGGAGUCUGAAGAGAGGCACCUGAAAGAAUACAAACAGGAGAUGGAUCUCCUGCUACAGGAGAAGAUGGCUCAUGUGGAGGAACUCCGACUGAUCCAUGCUGAUAUCAAUGUGAUGGAAAACACUAUUAAACAGUCUGAAAACGACUUAAACAAGCUGCUAGAGUCAACGCGGAGGCUUCAUGAUGAGUAUAAGCCACUGAAAGAACAUGUGGAUGCCCUGCGCAUGACAUUGGGUCUGCAAAGGCUUCCUGACUUGUGUGAAGAGGAAGAGAAACUCUCCUUGGAUUACUUUGAGAAGCAGAAAGCAGAAUGGCAGACCGAACCUCAAGAACCCCCCAUACCUGAAUCCCUUGCUGCUGCAGCUGCUGCUGCUCAACAGCUCCAAGUGGCCAGGAAGCAGGACACAAGGCAGACAGCCACCUUCAGGCAGCAGCCUCCACCUAUGAAGGCUUGUUUGUCAUGUCACCAACAGAUUCAUCGAAAUGCACCUAUAUGCCCUCUUUGCAAAGCCAAGAGUCGCUCACGGAACCCCAAAAAGCCAAAACGGAAGCAAGAUGAAUGAAGAGAAGGUGGAGGGGUAGACCUCUGUUGAUCAUGAACCCUCUCUUUGGUCAGAGUGAUAGAUGUUCUGAUUGUUUUUUUUUUUUUUUGAUAUCCCUUCCUUAUCCCUACUGAGUCUUGUAUUUAAUUUGCCAGAAGAAUAACCCCUUUCUUGUUGCUCUUAUCUCUUUCUGCUCCUGGAAGUUGUGGUUUAAGAACAGCUGUGCUUUCGGUGCUAAUCACUGGGUCUCAUGACCCCUUCUCUCCCAUUCACAUUUCUAUUACUGCCCCAGUUUGGAACUGAAUGAGGGGUAAAAACCCUAGUUGAUUCUUUGUUUUGUUCCUGAGGACUGGCGCCUAAUGAGCUGUAGGGUGUAAGGACUGGAGGAGCUCCAUGCCUUGCUUUGGGAAAAGGCUUCAGUGAAUUCCUUCCCUUUAUUUUUGCCUUAGGUUGUGAAGGGACAACUACUUUAUUUUUGCUGAACUUCCCAAUGGGCUGAAUGCAUAUAUCUUCCCCAAUAUUCAGGUCAUCAUUAAAAUCCAGGGGUAACUUAGACAAGUGUACCUUUUAUAUAAAAUUGUGAGGCCCCU